AACAGAAAAACAGGCUGAAGCUUUCAUCAAAGAGAUGGAACAGGAAAUCUCUGAGCUGAUGAAGAGAAGCACUGAGGUGGAGCAGCUCUCACGCUCUGAAGACCACCUCCAUCUUCUCCAGAGUGUCCAGUCCCUAAACAUCCAACAACCUUUACCCACCAAGGACUGGACAGAGGUCAGCGUCCGUCCAUCAUCAUAUGAGGAGACUGUGGUGAAAGCUGUGGUUCAGCUGGAGGAGACACUCAGUAAAGAGAUGAAGAAGCUGCUCCCUGAGUCUGAGCUGAAGAGGGUCCAGCUGUAUGCAGUGGAUGUGACUCUUGAUCCUGAUACAGCACAUCCUGAACUCAUCCCGUCUGAUGAUCGGAAACAAGUCAAUCUUGGUCCAACUGGGCCAAAUCCCCGGAGGAAUGACCCAGCAGAGGACAGGCUGUGGCGAGUUCGGCCAGAGUUUGUAAAGCGAGUGUCUGAUCCUGUUCUGAACCAGCUUCUGGAUAAACUCCUUGAGCGUGGUGUUAUAACUGAUGAUGAAAUGCAGUCAGCCAGAACACAGAGAGGCAGAGCAGACAAAGCCCGAGACGUGAUGGACACGGUGAGAAGAAAAGGAAGGGCAGCCAGCUCAGUUCUGAUCGCUGCUCUCUGUGAGGUGGAUCCAGUCCUCUCCAGAGUGCUGAGAUUAAUCUGAGAGUUGUGAUGAAUCUCUAUGAUAACUGACUGUUGCACAUUGUCUCUUUUAAAUGAGAAGCUGUAAAAAGUCUGUUUUUAAUAAGUGGACUUUGACUCUGAAAGUGAUUCAGUCAAGGAAAGAGCGGAGUGUUCUUAGUUUCAGCCUCUAGAUGGAGACAGAACUACUGAGAAAGAUUUCUGCAUAAACAUUGAACUGUUGUUUAAAGAAAUACUGGUUGGUCAUUUGUCACAUUCUUUAAAUCUCUGACGUUUGUACUGCGCGUGUGUGUGUGUGUGUGUGUGUGUGUGUGUGUGUGUGUGUGUGUGUGUGUGUGUGUGUGUGUGUGUGUGUGUGUGGCUAAGUGUAUAUGAUGUUGUAUAUGAUGAUCACUGAUCUCAUAAUGUAUUGAUUGGAUUUCAAUCGAGGGAACAAAAGUACAUAUUCAUAUAUUUUACAUCUUAUUUUCUACAGAAUCUGUUUCCUGUGGUGAUUGAUUUACACUUUAUUCCAUUUAUUAUCAUGUGGAUACAUGUGCAGCAGUUCUUUGCAAACUGAAUCAAACUUCAUCUUGACAUAUUUGGUGUCUUUUGAAACUGAUUUCUUCUGGAAGUUAUAAUAAAUGUCUGUGGGUUUAACAGAGGUUUAAAUAGAUAACAUCCACAUAACGUAUGUCAUGAUGCAUCAACUUAUUGUGUUGAUUAUGUAAUCAGAUACACAUUUAUUUGUAUUUGAUGUGCAGCCACAGAAAACAUAUUGCUGAAUAUUUCAUUGUGUCAUGAAGCUUCAUUUAAGAGUAAGACCUAUUACAUCCCAUAGUGUCUACAGAACACAGUUUGUGUCGUUGUUAUACCAGGUAUAAAAAGUUAAUGGAUGUUUCUAUCUUGUGUGAAAAGUGUUUUGGGUAAUUACUGGUCACUUUGGUAAUUUCUUAUUUGUUUCGUGAAUAUUGUAAUAUGGUUUAUGAGUCAAAUAAAUCUGUAAAUAUGUGAUUGUAGAAUAAAAACUGUAAAAUAAAGCAGUUGUUGAACACAA